UCAAGAUAUGAAGUGGGGAUUUGUGAGAGCCAGCCUCUGAGAGCAGUCUGUAGCGCGUUGCUUCCCUGAUAGAGGCUCCGAGGUCCAGCACCCAGCGCUUCAGUGAUCGAGGAGGAGGAGGAGGAGGAGAGACCGCGGGGGCUUUGUCGCGUGACCGUCCUUUCAGCCGCAGAGAGCGGGAGACACCAUGGCCAUCCAGCUCAUGCCCGACUCGGCCGUCUGCCUUCUCAUGAUGACAGAGGGCCGGCGAUGUCAGGUCCACCUCCUCGAUGACAGGAAGCUGGAGCUGCUGGUGCAGCCCAAACUAAUGGCUAAAGAUCUCCUGGAUCUGGUGGCGUCCCACUUCAACCUGAAAGAAAAGGAGUAUUUUGGAAUUUCGUACACAGAUGAAACGGGUCACUUCAGCUGGCUGCAGCUGGAUCGCCGGGUUCUGGAGCACGAGUUCCCCAAGAAGUCCGGCCCGGUGGUGCUGUUCUUCUGCGUCAGGUUUUACAUUGAAAGUAUAUCCUACCUGAAGGACAACGCAACCAUCGAGCUGUUUUUCCUCAAUGCCAAGUCCUGCAUUUAUAAGGAGCUCAUUGAGGUGGAUAGCGAGGUGGUCUUUGAGUUGGCCUCAUACAUACUGCAGGAGGCAAAAGGUGACUUCACCAGUGAUGAGGUCGCGAGGGCGGACCUGAAGAAGCUGCCAGCUCUGCCGACCCAGGCGCUGAAGGAGCACCCCUCUCUGGCCUAUUGCGAGGACCGGGUAAUUGAGCACUAUAAGAAGCUCAGUGGUCAGUCCAGGGGCCAGGCCAUUGUCAAUUACAUGAGCAUAGUGGAGUCCCUGCCCACAUAUGGAGUCCAUUACUAUGCUGUGAAGGACAAGCAAGGCAUUCCGUGGUGGCUGGGGCUGAGCUACAAGGGGAUCUUUCAGUACGACCACCAAGACAAAGUGAAGCCUAGAAAGGUGUUCCAAUGGAGGCAGCUGGAGAACCUCUACUUCAGAGAGAAGAAGUUCUCUGUGGAAGUGCAUGACCCUCGCAGGGCGUCGGUGACCCGAAGGACGUUUGGCCACAGCGGCAUCGCGGUGCACACCUGGUAUGCCAGCCCCGCCCUGAUAAAAUCCAUCUGGGCCAUGGCCAUCAGUCAGCACCAGUUCUACCUGGACAGGAAGCAGAGCAAGUCGAAAAUCCAUGCAGCGCGAAGUCUGAGCGAGAUCGCCAUCGACCUGACGGAGACAGGAACGCUGAAGACCUCCAAACUGGCCAACAUGGGCAGCAAGGGCAAGAUCAUCAGCGGGAGCAGCGGCAGUCUGCUGUCCUCAGGCUCCCAGGAGUCGGACAGCUCCCAGACCGCCAAGAAGGACAUGCUAGCUGCGCUCAAGGCCAGGCAGGAAGCCCUGGAGGAGACGCUGCGUCAGCGGCUGGAGGAGCUCAAGAGCAUCUGCAUCCGCGAGGCGGAGCUCACUGGCAAAUUGCCGAAGGAGUACCCCCUUGAACCGGGCGAGGAGCCUCCAACCGUCCGUCGCAAAAUCGGCACGGCGUUCAAGCUGGACGAACAGAAGAUACUGCCGAAGGGAGAGGAGGAGGAGCUGGAGCGGCUGGAGCGGGAGUUUGCCAUCCAGUCCCAGAUCACGGAGGCGGCGCGGCGGCUGGCCAGCGACCCGCACGUCACCAGCAAGAAGCUGAAGAAGCAGAGGAAGACCUCCUACCUGAACGCGCUGAAGAAGCUGCAGGACAUCGAGAACGCCAUCAACGAGUACCGCGUCCGCUCCGGCAAGAAGCCCACGCAGCGGGCCUCGCUCAUCAUCGAGGAGGCGAAUCUGGGCUCUGAAGACAGCUCCCUGUCAGAUGCUCUGGUUCUCGAUGAUGACGACGCCCAGGGGACGGGCACCUUCUCGCCCGCCGCCUCGCCCCACAGGGGCCUGCCGCCCCGGCCGCCCUCGCACAGCCGGCCCCCGCCCCCGCAGUCGCUGGAGGGCCUGCGGCACCUGCACUACCAGCGCAGCGACUACGACAAGUCCCCCAUCAAGCCCAAGAAGUGGAGCGAGUCCUCAUUGGACGAGCCCUACGAGCGGGUCAAGAAGCGCUCCUCCCACGGCCACUCCAGCGGCAGCCACAGACGGUUCCCCAGCACGGGCAGCUGUGAGGCCGGGGGCAGCAGCUCGCUGCAGAGCAGCCCCGUCCGCAGCCUCCCCCACUGGAGCUCCCAGUCCAGCAUGCCCUCCACCCCCGACCUGCGCACCCGCGCCCCGCACUACGUCCACUCCACCAGGUCUGUGGAUAUUAGCCCCACCCGCCUGCACAGCCUGGCCCAGCACUUUAGGAACCGCAGCUCCAGCCUGGAGUCUCAGGGCAAGCUGCUGGGCUCGGAGAACGAGACGGGCAGCCCGGACUUCUGCACGCCGGGCACGCGCAGCAGCAACGGCUCCGACCCGCUGGACGACUGCUCGUCCUGCGCCAGCCACUCCAGCUCCGAGCACUACUACCCGGCGGCCGGCGGCAACCCCAACUACUCCACGCUGGGCGAGGACUCGCCCUCCAAGGCGCGGCAGCGGCAGAGGCAGCGGCACCGCUCGGCCGGCCAGCUGGGCUCGUCCAACUCGGGCAGCAUGCCCAACCUGGCGGCCAAGAACGGCGUGGGCGGCGGCGGCGGCGGCGGCAGCCACCACGGCGUCUACAUGCACAGCCAGAGCCAGCCGUCCUCACAGUACCGCAUCAAGGAGUACCCGCUGUACAUUGAGGGCGGGGCCGCGCCCGUGGUGGUGCGCAGCCUGGAGAGCGAUCAGGAGGGCCACUACAGCGUCAAGGCCCAGUUCAAGACCUCCAACUCCUACACGGCCGGCGGCAUGUACAAGGAGAGCUGGCACGGGGGCGCGGACGACGGGGGCGAGGGGGGCGUCAGCGGCGGGGGCCGCCUCACCCCGUCCCGCUCGCAGAUCGUACGGACUCCCUCCCUGGGCCGCGAGGGGGGCGGGGGCGGGGCCAGCAGGUCGGCCGUUUCGGAGGAGCUGCGGUGCUGGUACCAGCGCUCCUCCGGCUCUCUUAAGGAGCACGGCAGGCUGGCGCACACCAACUCGGCCGCCUCGGACAGCGGCUCCCAGUACGGCACGCUGCAGGGCCCGGCGGGACACGGGCGGGCGGCCCGGGCCGGCACGCUCUCCAAGAGCUCCUCCUCAGCCGCCUCUCCUCACAGCCAGCGGAGCGUGACCGUGUCCAGCGAGCCCGCCGCCACACCUCCCAGCAGCCCACAGCACAUCCUCAGCUGGCAGAGUGGAGGCACGGCAGAAAGCUCUCCCUCUGAGGACCGCUCUCAGUCUCCAGCUCACCAAAGUACCGAUGAAUAGAGCUCUUUGAAUGACAAAUGUUACCUGGACAGUCCCCUGUACUCGGAAUUAGCGGACGUCCAGUGGUAUGGAC